AUGCACGUGGUUGGUGUUGAUGUUGGAGGCACAAACACAGAUGCUGUCUUACUACGAAUUGAUUCUGAUCAAUCACCCAAAGUGGUGGCCACUGCGAAGACAGUGACAAGCGCAGACGUCUUUUCGGGCAUGCUUCAUGUUGUGCGACAAGUUAUCAAUGAUAUGGAGAUCGCCGCUAUCAUGGUCGGUACCACGCACUUUGUCAAUGCACUACUUCAACGACAAGGAUUGGCGAAAGUGUGCACGCUGCGUCUUUGUGGACCAGCAACACAUGCAAUUCCACCUAUGACUAAUUGGCCACAGGAUCUGAAGGAUGCAGUGAAUGGUUUAACAGCAUUUGUCUCUGGUGGCUUUUUCCUUGACGGUUCAAUAAUCACUCCAUUGGAUGAAGACGAAAUUCGUUCGCUAGUUCGUCGUGCUCUUACUCUGGAUAUUUCUUCGUUUUGUGUCUGUGGUGUUUUCUCGCCUUGUCAAAAAGAUCAAGAAGAACGUGUAGCCGAGAUUAUUCAUGAAGAAUCAUCAACUGCAUACAUUACUCUUUCUCAUGAGAUUGCUGGUCUUGGUCUGUCUGAACGUGAGAAUGCAUCGAUUCUCAAUGCUAGUCUUCGUCCAUUGGCUAUUCGCACAAUCAGAGCAUUACAAGGAAAUCUUCCACGAAGAAUUCCUCUCUUUCUCACGAAAAAUGACGGAACUUUAUUAUCAGCGGAAGAUUCAAUGCGUUGGCCUGUCUUCACUUUUGCCAGCGGUCCGACAAAUUCGAUGAUCGGUGCUGCAUAUCUCAGUGGUAUUGACAAUGGAAUUGUCAUUGAUGUUGGUGGAACAUCAAUGGACAUUGGUUUCAUUGUCAAUGGAAGACCAAGACAAACACAAGCAAAUGUGCGACUGAUUGAUGACAUUCGAGUCAAUGUCAGUGUGCCCGAUAUUGUUUCUCUACCAUUGGGUGGUGGUACAAUAAUCCAUGUCAAUGAAAAUGACGGAUCGAUCAGGGUAGGACCUGAUAGUGUUGGUUAUCGACUCGAUCAAGCAGCAUUGGCUUUUGGUGGUCAAACGAUUACUGCUACCGAUAUUGCUCUGGCUGCUGGAUUAACUUCAGGAAUUGGUCAUUCGACUAAACAUCGAUCGUGUGAAACAAAUGAAGAAUCAGUUCCUGUCAUCUUAUGUGGUGGUGGAUCAAUUCUCAUGGACAUCAAUCAAGCCUUUGCUGGUGUUACAGAGAUAAUUCGACCAGCUCACUAUGCCGUUUGUAAUGCUGUAGGCGCUGCUCUCUGUUCAAUAAGUGCAACAAUCGACUCGAUUGUUGAUCUUCUUCCAUCAUCGAUCGAUGGUGGAGACCAGCGCAAAAGUGAGCUCGAUCGAUUGAUUUUCGAAGCUCGUCAGCAGUGUGAGCAGAAAGGCGCUUAUCCUGAUACCAUUCAUCUAGUGGAAUUAGAACAAGUACCGUUGGCUUAUCAUACAAGUGGUCACAAACAUCGAGUACAAUUGACAGUUGUCGGACAACUGGACGUGACUAAAGUCAAACGAAAUGAACAAGAGAAAAGUGUUGAAAAGCCAUUUUUAGAGGUGGAAAAAGAGACACCCAAAGACAUCAAACCACCCAUUCAUGUUGAUCUGACAAAGAAACGACCUGUAUUCGAUGACAAUGGAGUUUGGUGUAUCGAUCCAAUCGACAUUGAAUAUAUAGCCUAUGGCACCGGAAUCCUCGGUUGUGGUGGUGGGGGCGAAUCGUAUCAUUGCAAGCUGUGGUGCCUUGAAGCUCUUCGCGAAAAGAAAUACGAAAUGCGUGUGGUGCCUCCCUCGUUCUUUCAUUCCUCGUUAGAUCUAGUAGCCGCUGUUGGCUUCAUGGGUGCACCCACCGUUUCUCAUGAGUUAUUACCGAAUGGUUAUGAAUGUUUACUAGCUGUCAAUGCUGUCGAAAAAUAUCUAUUGAAAAACAUCAGUGCUAUUUACACUGGGGAAAUCGGUGGUUCCAAUGGUCUAAUGGGUCUUCUUGUAGCAGCAAGCAAGCAAGUACCGUGUAUCGAUGCUGAUGGAGUCGGCAGAGCAUUCCCUCGACUUGAUCAAACUUUGGCCCUUAUUCAAGGUUGUUGUCCAACACCUGCAUGCUUAUGUGACGUGCGAGGAGAAACAGUGAUGUGCACAGAUACCACGAUUUCUACUGCACAACAGCUCGAAGACACUUUUAGGGAGGAAUGUACCAAAAGAGGUCUCUUUGUUGGUGUUUGUUUGCCUCCAAUAACCGGUGAAGAAUUGCAAAAAUAUGUGUUUCCUUAUAGUCUUUCUCGUGCUUGGUUUCUAGGUGAGGCCAAAUUCAAUCAUCGCUCUGAUGCUAUUCAAGCAGUAGCUCGUGCUGGUCAUGGUCGUGUACUUGUAUCCGAUGGAAAAGUGAUCAGUGUCGAACGACAUACUGCUGCUGGAUUUGCUCGAGGUCAUCUAACUAUUGAAACAGUUGGAAGAAAUCUUGUGAUCGAUUUUCAAAAUGAAAAUCUUAUAGCACGCUUUGACGAUGGAGAAAUUCUAGCUACUGUACCCGAUUUGAUCACACUCGUCGAACAAGACUCUGCUGAACCGGUAUCGACCGAAACGAUCAAGUACGGUUAUCGUGUCUCGGUACUCGUUCUUCCAGCACCCGAAGCAAUGACUACACCGCGCGCCCUUGAAACUGUGGGUAUUAAAGCAUUCGGUUAUGAUCUUCCUAACUACGAAUACAUUCCAUCGCAUGCACCAAUCAAUUCUGUUUGGGAUGUUUUCUAUAAAAAGGACAUUGAUGUUUAA